CACAAGCUAGAGGGAAAGGUUGAAAGGGCCAGAAGGGUGCUGAUUGUGACAGACUCGCCAUUUCAGCAGCUACUCACCCGAACCAGAAGCAAAAUGUCCCUGAAGUUGCCAAGAAACUGGGAUUUCAACCUGAAGGUGGAGGCUGGGAAAAUAGCUCGGUCGAGGAGUGUGAUGACUGGCGAACAGAUGGCAGCCUGUCAUCCAUCUACCACACCCAACCCGCUGGAAAGGCCAAUCAAGAUGGGCUGGCUGAAGAAGCAGAGGUCCUUCGUGAAGAACUGGCAGCAGAAGUACUUUGUGCUGAAGGCACAGAAGCUCUACUACUACAAGGAUGAAGAGGACACAAAGCCACAGGGGUGCAUGUAUCUGCCAGGAUGUACAAUCAAGGAGAUUGCAACAAACCCAGAAGAAGCUGGGAAGUUUGUCUUCGAGAUCAUUCCAGCCUCAGGGGAGCAGAAUCGUAUGGGACAAGACCCCUAUAUCCUCAUGGCUGGUUCCCAGUCAGAGAUGGAAGAGUGGGUUAAAUUCCUCAGGAGAGUCGCUGGCAUACCCUCUGGAGCGGUCUUUGGCCAGCGCUUGGAUGAGACCAUGGCGUACGAGCAAAAAUUUGGCCCCCAUCUCGUGCCCAUCUUGGUGGAGAAGUGUGCAGAGUUCAUCCUCGUGCAUGGCCUGAAUGAAGAGGGCAUCUUCCGACUACCUGGGCAGGACACCCUGGUGAAGCAGCUGAGAGAUGCCUUUGAUGCUGGGGAGAGGCCAUCCUUUGACAGAGACACAGAUGUCCACACAGUGGCCUCCCUGUUCAAGCUCUACCUCCGAGAUCUGCCAGAACCAGUGGUUCCUUGGAGCCAGUAUGAGGGAUUUCUGCUGUGUGGGCAGCUUAUGAAUGCAGAUGAGACAAAGGCUCAGCAGGAGUUGAUGAAGCAGCUUUCCAGCCUUCCUCGAGACAACUACAGCCUCCUGAGCUACAUAUGCAGGUUUCUACAUGAAAUUCAGCUGAACUGUGCUGUUAACAAGAUGAGUGUGGACAACCUGGCUACUGUGAUCGGUGUGAACCUCAUCAGGUCAAAGGUCGAAGAUCCUGCUGUGAUCAUGAGAGGGACUCCUCAAAUCCAAAGAAUAAUGACCAUGAUGAUCAGAGACCAUGAAAUCCUCUUUCCCAAGUCUAAGGAUACACCCAUGUCACCCCCGGCUCAGAAAAAUGACCCCAAGAAACCUCCAGUGGCUCGAAGUUCUGUGGGCUGGGAUGCCACUGAAGACACCCCAAUUUCUAGGACAGAGAGCUUCAGUAGCACGACCAGCAGCUCAGAUGUAAUGAGCCCCACUGGACAACAGCACAGCGAUGAGUUUCUGGAAGAGAGCAGGGAAAAGCCAGGAGAUUGGAAGUUGCAUUCUCGAAAAAGGACUCAGACACUCCCUAACCGGAAAUGUUUCUUGACAUCUGCUCUUCAAAGUGGCAACAGCAGCAAAGUAGAAAUCUUCAAAAGUGAAUUCUGGUCACCUUCAGAGGUGAAGGCAGGGGAAGGGCACAGAAGAACACUGUCCCAAGGUGUGCCUCACCUGUCUGACUUUCAACGGACUUCCACCUAUGAUAAUGUCCCUGGCCUGCCUGGAUCCCCUGGGGAUGAUGCCUUGGCAUGCUCCCCCCUUGCCUGUGACUGCAAGAGGCACACCCUUGGCAGCCCAAACUCUGAAACUAGAUCUGGAAGAAAGGACUCUGGAGAAGAAGAAUUUGAAUCUUUGCAGAGAGAGGUUCAGCAGCUGCGGAAAGAAAUAGAAGAACAGAAACAAAUGUAUGAGAAGCAGAUUAAAGACCUUGAGAAGGAAAAUUUUGAUGUCUGGACCAAGGUAGUGAGACUCAAUGAAGAGCUGGAGAAGGAGAAGAAGUUAUUUGCAGCCUUGGAAAUCAGCCUCCAAAAUGCAGAGCGCUCCCGGGACGAUGUUGAGAGGAGAAACAAGGCAUUGGAAGAAGAAGUUAAGCAAUUUGUUCGAUCCAUGAAGGAACCCAAGACUGAUGAAUGAAGUUCCCAGGAGAACUACAGAAACAGGCUGCAGUGGCCCCAAUCUUCUCCCUUUCUCUGCGCCACAUGGUGACUGGGAAGUAAAAUUACUCCCAAAAGGGAGAGGAUGUUUGGGGGCAAACAACGCAUUUCUGGAAAAUCAACCAGUGGCGUUUGCAGGAAGAGGAGGGUGAGCAGGGACACAUUUGACAGCAUGACCUCCCUGGGUUUAUCUUCAAAAGAAUUGCGUCAUUCCACCGUGCUCUCGGAUUUAGAAAAUAGAUCCUUCCAUAGCUGGAUGACUAUGUCGAGAGGAGACAUCUGAGACAGACCACAUCUCAGCACCUGAGCAGCAGGCUGGCUCCAUGGAGGCUCCAUGAGACACUGGCUUUUUGUUUUCUGAGUGAAGCAGCUCCAGUAGUUGGAUGGCCUCGGGAUAACUCUGAGCAUAGAGCAGAAGACAACUGACUUUUAAAAGCUCGCCCACCAUGGGCCAUGUUUUAGGAGGGCUGCAGCUGCUAAAGACAGAGCCUCAUUCUGCCACCCCCACCACAAUGAACACUCUCCAGGAGUUGGAAACUCAAAGAUAUUAUUAGACUAAGACAAAAUAAGCGAUAAACUGUAUUUAUAAAAGUAAAGUCAACAUGAAAAUUAUAUUCCAAUAAAG